AUGAACACUACCAAUUUUUCUUACAUCCUCCAAGACCAAAAUCAACAGGGGCAUACUAGCAUAACAUUAAAUAAUGAUGUUAGCUACUUGAAUCCCUCCACUUUUUCUUCAAUGUUCAAUCAGCAAGAUUCCUUACAAAACAUCCAAACAGAAUGCGUCAUUAGUAAUGGUAUUCAUGUACAAACAUCAAAUAUGCAAAGGCAUAAUAACAAUAACAAUAAUAAUCAAAGAAGCAUGAAUACAAACGAACAGAUUAACAAUUCAAUACAGGAUAACCAAUAUUUUGGGUUACCUAAUAAUCAAUUUAUUGAUUAUUGCUCUAAUAAGAAUGAGCCAUUCUUUAUGGCUAAAAUACCUACUGCUUACUAUGAAAAGUUGACAUUCUUUUUCAAACAAAUUAACUCUCCUUCCUCAGAAAACACAAAUGCCCUCAAAGUUCCAAAACAAAGUGAUGACCUCUCUGAUGAUUCAUCAAAUGAUAAACGAAGUAAUAAGGGUGACUCUGUAAUCAAAGGUUCAUGGAGUGAAAUUGAGGAUGAGAAGCUGUUACAACUUGUAAAGAAGCAUGGUCCAAAGAGAUGGUCAUUUAUUGCUUCACAUUUAGAAGGAAGAGUAGGUAAACAAUGUAGAGAAAGAUACCUCAAUCACCUGGAUCCAAAGAUUAAGAAGAAUGCUUGGACAGAAGAGGAAGAUUCAAUUAUUAUUGAAAUGCAUGAAAAACAUGGAAAUCAAUGGGCUAAAAUCAGUAAAUUCCUUGAAGGAAGAACAGCCAAUGCCAUUAAAAACCAUUGGAAUUCAACAUUGUCCAAAAGAUUGGAUAAAAAGAAGGGUGAAGAACAAGGAGACAAACAACUCUUAGAACAAACACAAAUACAAAUGCCUCAACAAUCAAUACCUGUCCAACAAAUGGUCUAUUCAUCUGUAGACACUUCGAUGUUAAAAGAAGGAUUGAGAACAGACUAUGCAGACCAAAUCCCACUUUCUUGUAAAUCAGACUUUGCAGACUUUUUCACUCCAACCCCACAAGCUGCUGAGAACACAAAUAAGAGAACAUUCCCUUCAGGAACCAUCGAGUCACUGAGUAAAAAGAUCAAAACAGAGGAGUUACAAUUAGAGACUGAAGAAACUCUCAAUUCAUUCGAUAGUGGAAAGGAAAAAUUCAAAAAGCUGAGACUCAAUCUUAUAGAGAAGAGUGACGAUGUAAAUAGUAGCUCAACAGUGAUAUGUCACGAUUCAGGAACUCCUGGUAUAUCUGGUGUUUCAGUAAUAACAGAACACAUGUUACCUUCUGGAUUUACACCAAAAGGUUUUGAUCCCUCUCCGAGUGGUUUGUCUUUAUUCUCUCCAUCCAAUUUUAAUGAUGGUGCCACUCCUUCCUCAACAUCCUUAGGUAAUAUUUGGAUGGAUACAGAUGGGUUUUUCUCCUCCCCUAAGAGUACUAAGAAUGUUUGAAUAAAUACAUAUAUUUAA